AAAAUCAAGUCUGUAUAGUGUACUUAUUACGUUACAAGUUUUGGUAAAAUUAUACCUAACUCAAAAUACAGGCAAAAUGAUAUACAUAUUGGCGAUAUUUACCGGCGUACUGGGUUUGGGCGCAAGCAGCCCUGUAUCGCCGUUCGGCUAUGCGGCGCUCGCUUAUAAGCCUAUCUCGGCUUAUGAUUCGCCGUACGACUUUGCGACCACUCCGCCCAAGUACAACUUUGCUUACGACGUAGCCGAUGCGGUUACUGGCGACUUUAAAACACACUCGGAAGAGCGCGACGGCGACGUGGUCAGAGGCCAAUACACCGUUGUGGAGCCCGACGGCACUAAGCGUAUAGUGGACUACACGGCGGACGACCGAAACGGUUUCAACGCGGUCGUUUCUAAGGAAGGCCAACCAUCCGCGGCGACCAGCUCGUUCAGACCCGCGUACAAGGCGCCAUCGGCGUACGUUCCAUAUCCAGCCCCGGUCGCAUACACAGCAUACCCGACGCCAGCCGCAUAUCCGCCGCCUACACCAUACAAGCCUGCAUACCCGUCUUAUUAUAACCCGGCGGCUUAUAAGCCAACGUACAGGUCCCUUUACAAACGCACCCCGUACAUGGCGCAGCCCAAAUCGACGGCGUACCCACCGCCCUACAAACCGGUAUAUUAAGUAUUUAAA